UAAUCUAAUCUUUACUGAUCCAGGAGAAGCCGGAUCGAUUUCUACGCUGGGAUGGUGAAAACAUUCCAGAGAGGAGAUAUUCAAGAGUUUGGGACACUUGUUAAGAUAGUUCCUAUGACGAACGAGGUUGUAGUGAAUGCAAUUGAUUGUUUUCAAGUCAAUGGGACCAAGGAUAUGCAGGUUGAUGCACAGUCUAUGCUUCCAGAUCUCUCCGGGUUCCAGCUCCUCGGCUCCGAGUACAAGAUGAACAUGGAGUGCCAGAAGUGGCAGAAGAAGGAAGUCAUUGGAGAGAAGGUGAACAAGUACACUAUGUGGGUACGGGAGGUUGAGGGUGUAACUAUUCCUGUACACUAUGAGAUGAGAGGAUACAACAGUCUACUGGGUUCUCACUACGACCAUUACUUCCUUACUUAUGAAAACUUUUCUGAGGAGGUCCCUGAUAGCUCCGUCUUUGAUUACUACGUUGGAAAGUCCUGUCAUGGAUGGCCUGGACCAGGAUCAGAACAUAUCUAUCAGAUGGAACCUAUGAAGGAAUUUAUUCACAACCACGACGCUCACGUUGAGCAAGGCCUACCUUACACCCUGUCAAUGAACCACCUAGCUGAUUACUCUGGGGAGGAGAUGAAGACUCUACGUGGGCGCCUGUUUGAUCCAGAACUCAAGUAUAACGGGGGACAGGAGUUCAAGUACACUGAGAAGGAACUGCAGGAUGCCCCGGAUACUCUGGACUGGAGACUUUACGGAGCCGUUACUCCAGUCAAGGAUCAGAGCGUUUGCGGCUCAUGCUGGAGCUUUGGCACGGUUGGAACUCUGGAAGGAACCCUGUUCCUGCAUACUGGGCAACUAGUGAGACUAAGCCAGCAAGCUCUGGUCGACUGUUCCUGGGGGUUUGGGAACAAUGGAUGCGAUGGAGGAGAAGAUUUCAGAGCUUAUCAGUGGAUGCUAAAGCAUGGUGGGAUCCCUACAGAGGACUCGUAUGGACCCUAUCUAGGACAGGACGGAUACUGUAACCUCAACCAGUCCUCUGUAGGACUUAAGAUUAAAGGAUUUGUCAACGUUACUUCAGGAGAUGUGGAUGCUCUGAAGGUUGCUAUAGCGUCGAAAGGUCCUAUUUCUGUUGCAAUUGAUGCUUCACAUAAGUCUCUGAGUUUUUACUCCAGUGGAGUUUACUUUGAGAAGGAUUGCAGGAGUGACAUGGAGGGAUUGGACCAUGCUGUCCUAGCGGUAGGAUACGGAACCAUUGCCGGACAGGAUUAUUGGUUGAUAAAGAACUCCUGGUCUACCUACUGGGGAAACGAUGGAUACGUGCUGAUGGCGAGGAGGGGAAAUAAUUGUGGAGUAGCAACUACUCCUACUUAUGUUAUACCUGCUAUUUAAUAUAUGGAGUACUUGUCACUCCAACCGUAGAAUUGCUAUAUUUAAUAUAUGGAGUAAUCGCUACUCUUAG